AUGGAGAAAGAAGGAGGGCUGCUAGAAGCUAGGGUUGUGAACAAGCCACUGCCUUCGGAGGAGGAGAUGGAGGAAGCAUCAAGGAGAAGUGCUCUGGCAAUCUUGGAUCCUAAGGAAACUGCUAACGCAAAAUUCUAUGAGGGACCCAUCAGGGUCGCUUUAGAGGAAGCGGUGUCGGAGAAGCAGCCUGAAGUGGCUGAAGAGAAGAAGAAGAAGAAAAAUAUCAAAGAGAAGAAGGUUGAAGGAGAUGAGGAAACCCAUCCAAUCAAAAAGAAGAAGAGAAGAACGGAUGAGAAGAAGGAACACAGGGGGGAGGAGAGGUGCCUGAAGAAGGAGGAAGAAAGGAAAAAGAGUGCUGAGAGCCCAAAACUGGACGGAAAAUCCACCUCCGUAAGGGGGGAUAAGGAGGAGUUAGCGCAACUGAGAGAAUCAGCACAACCCGAGGAGGAAACAACAUAA